AAGAUCCAUUACAACCAAUUACCGUCUUUCUAUGGCCUUCCAAAUGAGGACCCUCUCCAUUUCAUCCGGGAGUUCUACAACGUGCUCCAAACCUUUCCACUCCACGGAUUGAACGAGGAUCAAUUGAAAAUGAGGUGCUUUCUGGAGACACUUAAGGACCGAGCCAAGGCUUGGUUCAUGACACUUGCUCCCGACUCCCUCACUACGUGGGAGCAAGUGUACUCGAAGUUCAUCGGGAGGUACUAUCCAAAUCAAAAGACUCAAGAGUUGAGGUCCCAAAUCGUGUCUUUUGCCCAACAACCGAAUGAGCCUCUUCAUGAGGCGUGGGAGCUCUUCAAGGACCUCCAACGACAAUGCCCGCACCACAAUUUUUCACCGGCCUUAUUGAUGAACAACUUCUACAAUUCACUUCACCAAAAUCUCCAAUAUAUGGUGGACAAUGCGGCCGGAGGAGAUGUGGGAGCAAGAACCGCCGAAGAGAUGAUGGAAAUUUUUGAGACGAUGAGUGCUAACUCGUCUCAAAAGAGUAGCCGAGGAAAGAAGGCAAUGGUGAAUGAAGUGGCUCCCAGACAAGACAUGAUAGCUUUACAAAUAGCCGAGUUAGCGGAGCAAAUGAGAAUACUUAAUGCGAGGAGUGUUCAACCGGCACAGACCAUGGCGUUGGAGACGUGUGGGACGUGUGGCAUCCAAGGGCACCGGUCGCAAGUGUGUCCUUCCGCCUUUGAUCAAGAUUUUGAGGAGCAAUAUGAAGAUGUCAAUGCUCUCCAAGGAUAUCAAAACCGCCUGAUCAAUGACCCUUUCCCUCAUCAACAACAACCGCAACGGGCCCCAAUGGGGAAUAUGCAAGCCCAAGGCGCCGGCCCGAGCUCUUCCGCCCAAGACGACAAACUUGAUCGGAUCCUCCAAUUCAUGACAAACACCGAAGCAUCCAUAAAGCGAUUGGAGACGCAAAUAGGCCAACUCGCUACAAGAGUUGGAAAUUUGGAGGCCGAGUCCGACAAGAAGAUACUCCCGAGCCAACCCGAGCAAGCUAAGGCGAUUAUGGUAUUAAGGAGUGGGAAAGUCAUCGACAACAAUGUUAAGAUGCCCGAUGCGGAUGACACGAAGCCAACCGACCAACCGGGGGACGUGAUUGAUGAUAAAGAGGAGGGCUCCAAGAAGCCAACGGAGGACUCGAUCCUACACAAGUCCCCGAAUCCCUACAAGCCACGCAUCCCUUUCCCGUGCCGCCUUCGGGAUGACAAGAAAGAAAAACAAUUUCGGGACCUCUACGACAUGCUCUUGAAGGUCAAUGUCAACCUACCCCUCCUGGAU